CUUUUUGUCUUUUAUUAGAUUAGAUAGGAUAUAUAUAUAUAUUAUUGAAAUGACCGCAGUCAUUCUAGUUAACAUCUGACUACUGAUGAAGAUUUUAAUUCUACUUUACAUCAUGUAAUUCUUAAAUGCAAUGGAAAAAGUGACAUUCUCAUAUCAUUUGAAAGUUUUUUAGGUUUGAUAUUAUAUUUAAAUGUCUGUUCUGGGAUUAAAUUAUAUUGUGUCUUACAUUUUAUUUUAAAAAUUUUUGCUAAGAUAAUUUCCUAAGUAAGAUGUAGUAAUGAUAAAAACUUUAAGCAAUAAGAAUAUUCUGUAUACAGGACAUUUCUCUUCCUCCCUAAUCCUUCUCUCUGCACAGAUGGCUACCAAUAUGAUACAUAUAUUCCUAUUCUUUUUUUCUUUUCUUUUUUUGUGUUCACACCCAAAAUAUAUUUUAGACUUUAGAAAAAGAUUUUUAAAUCAAAGUUGUAUAUUUCUAGGUAGUCAUGUUGCCAAUCUUUUAAUUGUUUUAUUCUUUUGAGGUUCUCUUCCUGUUUUUAAAAUUUGAAUAAACUUUAUGUUUUAGAGCAGUUUUAAAUUCAUAGCAAAACAAAGCAGAAGGUACAGAGAUUUCCCAUAUACUCCCUGCUCCCAUACAUGCAUAGCCUCUCCCAUCAUCAACAUCCCCCACCAAAGCAGUACAUUUGUUACAUCGAUGAGCCUGUGUUGACACGUUAUUAUUACCCAGCAUCCACAGUUUACAUUAAGGUUCACUCUUGGUGUUGUCCAUUCUGUGGUUUUGGACAAAUGUAAAAUAACAUUUAUUUAUCCACCAUUAUACUAUCAAACAGAGUAGUUUCACAGCCCUAAAAAUCCUCUGUACUUUGCCUCAUUUUGAUUCUUGUUUAGGAAGGCUUUCUCACUUCAAGAACUACAAGACUAUUUUCUAGUUUUCUUUUAAUACUUUUUAAAUAAUUUUUAAACAGUGUUAAUCCUCUGGGAUUUCUUUUUGUUCUACUAUGAAUUUGGGUUAACUAGUCCUUUCUUUAGUCACUGACUUAAGUGCCAUUUUACAGCUACUGAAUUCACAUAUGUGUGUGGCUAAAAAUUCUGUACUGUUUGGUUUCAUUGAUUCAUGUGCCACUACUACCUUAUUUUAAUUACUGUAGCUCUGUGACAUUUUGAUAACAUUUCAUUUCUUGAUUGAGUUUCUAUUAGUACUCCGCCAUGAAAUUUAGAAACUGAGGAUUUCAACACUAUUAUAAAGUGGAGACAGUUUCGUUUCUCAUUGCUGAUGGUUUAUAAGGAAGACACAGAGUGGAUUUGAAAGCUGAAAAGCAACCUAUUGAAUUUUUAACGUGCCUAUUUGACUUGAUUUCAUUAGGCACCAAAUUAGUAAAUGUGUCUGUAAUAAGGUAGUUUUCCCCCAAAGCUAAUUGUCAUUAGAUGUUAUUUCUUAAACAUCAUUUUAAUGUACUACUGGUAGCAUAUGAUAAAAACAAUUAAAUGAUUAGGCUGAGAACAUGAGUGUUCCUGAAGGUAUUAUUUGCUACAGUAAUAUAAGAGCUGAGUUAAUGAACUUGAGGAUGGUGUUUAUAUGCAGUAAACUCACUUAUUUAGAAAGAGUAAGUAAGUUUAAAUUAGUGGAAAGUCUGAAUAAUGGUAUAUUUACAUAUGUGAAGUUACCACUUUAAUGUAAGGACACAGUCUUUUUUAACACUGCUGCCUUGAGGGGGUUCUUAGCCCUACUUGAUAGCGUAGGUAAGAAUGGUAUGCUUUUAACUUGUGAGUUUUAUUUAUCUUGUCAUGGAUGCUACUAAAGUAUUUGAAGGACGUUGAAAAGCAGCUUGAGGGAUGCAAGAUGGCUGCAGCUUAGCUGGAGACUGCGUGCACCUGCUCCCAGCGCAGUGCAGAGCAAUCAACUUGAAAAACUUGAAGUGUAGCUGAUCUGAAAUAUUAUAUCUCAGGAGCACUGAAGAAGCCACAGAGAGACUGGUAAGAGGAGCACAGACACGGAAAGGGCAAGCCCCUCUCGAGCAGGUGUGGCAGCUGAGGCCAGAGGGAUAUUGCAGCUGGAAAGCUCCCUCUGCCUGGGAGUGUGGGGUCUCAACCCCACUCAGGGCUCCCCAACUCAGAGUGAGAGACAGGAAGACGAGCCCGUGAAGCAUUGGGCAAAGGGGAUCAGAGGGAUUCUGUCUGCCUGGGAGACUUGGACCUCACCUUUUAAGUGAAGAAGUGCUCCUGUUGUUAGCAGCCCCAGCCAGAGAAGCUGGCUCUAGACUCCAACUGCUGCACAACCAUGUUUGGGUCCAGCGAAGAAGUCUAUGGGCUGCACCCAGCAGUAACUUUUAGAGACCCUCUAUUUUCUGGAAAGGCAUUGGGCAGAGCCCUAGUCAGUGACUGAACUGUGUGGAUUGGGGAAAAAUGGAACAGUCUCUCCCACCUUGAGUCCAAAGUCAGAGCACCUCCCCCCACCUGUGGAGCCACCAGUCUUGCCCCGUUCUGCUGGGGACAGGAGCAGUGCAGGUCCGGGAUUUUUAGCCUGCACUGUAGGGUUUGGAGCCCAAGCAGAACUGGGAAUUUGGGCCCUGCUUCACUGAGAACAGCCACAUAGAAAUCAGAGUUGCAUGCAGGGCUGAUUUUCUGCUUGGUUUAGUGGCUCAGGGUCAUUGUUGCUGUGCAGAGCUGGGCUUUUUGGACUGUCUACUGGGGAGGCUUCUGUCAGGGAGACAGAUGGAACUAGAGUUGGAGACUGUGGUUGAGACAGGAGUUUGUCUUUGAAGCAGGGACUGAUUUCCCUUCACUGAGUGCCUGGCUGUGUAAUCCCCAAGCAGGGGCGUACUAGCCUGAGUUAGGCUCGCCUGGGUUAAUCCUACAGACCUUUUUCAGAAGGCUCUGCAGGAAGACCAAGCAACCUCAGGGGAGAGGCAGAAUAGCUGACAGGUGGAGAGUACCUCAGGUAACCUCUGUCUGACCACAGAUAUGCCCUGACUUCUAAGCUUGAAGAAGCUUACCCAUUACACAGGUUGACCCCCCCCUCCCCCCACCGACCUCCAUCCCAGGUCUAGUAGACAUAGACACAAACAGAAAACAGAGUGAUAGCUGUAGACAGGUAGUCCAAGGCCAGUGACCUUUAUCUGAAACCUACCCAAGAGGACCCAGAAUCAACACAACUAGUGAUGGGCUUCAGACCACACCAGAGCUGACCCAACUAGACACACAAAUGGCACACACAACGAGGGAUCUCAGGCUCCAGACCCUCGGAGAACAACCUCACUUGAGUUUGGGGGGGGGGGAGGGGAAGUGCCUGCACAGUGUCUCCUACAUGGUGAUCAGGUUUACCUCUAUAGACAACCAGCUUGAAGGGUUAAUGAUUGUGUCGCUGAGCCUAACAAGACACGUCAAGACUGCACCUGAACAGCAGUUUACAUGCCGUGGUUGGGUUGAGACUCAUAGCCAGCCUGACAGUUGAUCCCACCCACAAACAGGCCAACAGCAACCAAGACCCAAUUACAACAAGAGUUCCCAAAUAACCUACACAGAAGACAUUCCCUAGAGCAGCCAACUCAGGAGUUCAAGGAGACUGCACCACUGAGCCCUGGCCGGUAUGGUUCAGUUGGUUAGGUGUCAUCCCAUGCACUGAAAGGUUGCCGAUUUGAUUCCCCAUCAGGGCACAGUCCUGGGUUGUGGGCUUGAUCCCUGCUCGGUGGAUCAAAACAUCUCACGUCGAUGUUUGCUCCCUUUCCCUUUAUCUCUCUCUAAAGGUUAAUUACCUUCUUUUUUUUUCCCUUUUAUUGAAUAAGAUAUUACAAAUGUGUCCUUAUCCCCCCAAUGUCCCCUCAUCCCCCCAAUCCUGCCCUCACCCACACCCUCACCCCCUGUUGUCCACAUCCAUCACUUAUGCUUAUAUGCAUGCAUACAAGUCCUUAAUUACCUUCUUAAAAAAAAAAAAAAAAGCAGGAUAGUUGAAGGGAACUUUGGGACAGUAUAAAACAUAACAUCCGCAUCAUAGGGGUACCAAAAGGAGAAAAAAGUAAGCAAGUGAAAGAGAACCUGUUUGAAGAAAUGACAGAAAACUUCCCUAGCCUGAUUCAGGAAAAUAUCACGUGAGUUCAGGAAGCACAGAGAGUCCCAAGCAAGAUGAACCCAAACAGACCCACACUAAAACCAUCACAAUUAAAAUGGCCAAGGUUAAAGACAAAGAGGAAAUCUUAACGGCAGCAAGAGAGAAAUAGUCAUUCACCUGUAAGGGAGUUCCCAUAAAGCUCUUCGCUGAUUUCUCAACAGAAACACUUCAGGCCAGAAGGGAUUGACAUAAAGUAUUCAAAGUAAUGAAAAGCAAGUACCUGCAAUCAAGACUGCUCUAUCCAGCAUGACUGUAAUUUGAAAUCAAAGAUGAAAUAAAGUGCUCCCCCCUCCAAAGUGCACACACACACACACAACUACUACUAACACCCCCUUCUCUCCCCUAGGUAAACAUAAAGAGGUAGUGUAUCUUUUCUUUUGUAAAUUAUUCACUGUCUGCAUGUUUUUAUUUUUAAGUGGCUUACUCUUUUGAUGCUCUCUUUCCAGUUAAAUCAGCUCAAAUAUUUAAAAUCCAAGUAUUUUUUCUUUUGGCUUGAUUUUCAGAUUGACUUGCCAACAAAAUAAUAUGAUAGUAUUGGAAGAUACAAUAGGAAGAUUUAGAUCUAUAAUUUUAGAGAUUGAAAAAGCACAAAAUAAAUCUCCUUCCAGACUUGAUUCCUUUGUCAAGACUUUAGAAGCAGACAGAAAUUACUACAGGAGUGAAGCUCAAAAUUUGAGAAAGAUGAUCAAAAGUACAUCUGAAGGUCCAAGCCGCCCGUCUCCAUCUUCUCGGGGUACAAACUGUGAUGUAGAGGUUUGGAAGACAAGAGACCGUGAAGAACUUAAAUGCAUGCUGGAAAAAUAUGAGCGUCAUUUGGCAGAUAUUCAGGGUAAUAUCAAGACUCUUACAUUUGAGAGAGACAAGACCUUCCUUCUUUAUGAACAGGCACAGGAAGAAAUUGCUCGACUUCGACGAGAAAUGAUGAAAAGCUGUAAGUCUCCUAAGUCAACAACAGCCCAUGCCAUCCUCCGACGAGUGGAGACUGAAAGAGAUAUAGCCUUCACUGAUUUACGAAGAAUGACCACAGAACGAGAUAGUCUGAGGGAAAGGCUAAAGAUUGCCCAAGAGACAGCAUUUCAUGAGAAAGCUCACUUGGAACAAAGGAUAGAGGAUCUGGAGUGUACAGUUCCUAAUCUUGAUGAUGAACUUAUGGAACAAAUGUCAAAUAUGAGUCUGACGAAGAAAACAAUAACCACUGUGGGAAAAGAAAUGAAAUCACUAGCAAGAAAGGCAAUAGAUACAAAAAGUGAACUUGGCAGACAAAAAGCAGAGAAUAAUUCUUUGAGACUUUUAUAUGAAAAUACAGAAAAAGAUCUUUCUAAUACUCAGCGAUACCUUGCAAAGAAAAAAUAUGAGCUACAGCCUACUCAGAGGAAAAUUAUACGCUUGAAUGAAAAAAUCGAUAAUUUUACAAGGCGAAGUAUUGCCCGGCAAGAAGAAAUUAGCACUCUUGGUGCAACCUUCAAUAAUCUGACUAAAGAAAAGGAAUGCCCACAUGCACGGUUGGCUAAAAAAUACGAGAAUAUUGCAUCCCGUGGAGAGAGCUUGACACUGAAAGAAAAGGCCAUUUCAGGCAUGAAGAAUAUUAUCCCUGAGACAAAACAGGCAUCAAGGCAGUCUACUGAAGUGCUAACUAAGCGUAAACAAGACAUUUCCAGGAUGCACCGCCAGUUGGAUGAAACAAAAGAUGAACUGGCUCAGAUUGCCAGGAAAAGAGAGAUCUUGGCUCGUAAGAAUGACAAUCUCCAAGAACAGUUUUCUAAAGCUAAAAAAGAAAACAAGGCACUGUCUAAACAAUUGAAUGAUACACAUAAUGAACUUAAUGAUAUAAAACAGAAGGUCCAAGAUACUAAUUUGGAGGUUAACAAGCUAAAAAUUACAUUAAAGUCUGAAGAAUGUGAGAACUGGCAAAAGAUGGGCCAACUCCCAAAAGCCAAUGAAGAUGCUAAAAACUUGGAAAAUAAGGCUGAGCAAGCAGAGUCAGAUAACAAUACCUUCAACUUAGAACUUAUCUCUAAAAAGGUAGAUACCCUCAAUAGAGAGGUCGAGCAGCACUUGAAUGCAGAAAGGUCUUACAAGUCCCAGAUUUGUACCUUACAUAAGUCUCUUGUGAAGAUGGAAGAGGAGCUGCAGAAGGUUCAGUUAGAAAAGGUGUCUGCCCUUGCAGACUUGUCUUCCACAAGGGAACUUUGUAUUAAACUUGACUCAAGCAAAGAAAUUCUUAAUCGACAGCUGGUUGCCAAAGAUCAAGAAAUUGAAAUGAUGGAGAAUGAGUUAGAUUAUGCUCAUUCUGAACUAGAACUCCUCAGGAGUCAGAUGACAAAUGAGAGAAUCUCCAUACAGAAUCUAGAAGCUUUGCUGGUGACCAAUCAAGACAAAGAAUAUCAGUCUCAGAUAGCACUUCAAGAAAAAGAAUCUGAAAUUCAGCUUCUUAAAGAACACCUUUGUUUGGCAGAAAAUAAAAUGGCCAUCCAGAGCAGAGAUGUGGCCCAGUUCAGGAAUGUUGUAACGCAACUGGAAGCCGACUUAGACAUCACCAAAAGACAGCUAGGGACCGAGCGCUUUGAAUGGGAGAGAGCUGUGCAAGAACUUCGCUGCCAGAAUUACUCCCUCAGUGCUUAUCAUUUGAGUCCUACAAUAAAGCCAAAUACAAAAUGUCAUUCACCGGAACGUGAUCACCACUGAUCUGACCGAGGCCUGGAGCGAUCACUAGAAGGGUGA